AUGAAUAGAAUUGGUCAUUGCUGGCGGUGCGAGGCAGUCUGCACUCAGCUGUGUUCGCGAUGCAGAGUGGCGUAUUACUGCUCCAAGAAAUGUCAGAAACAAGACAAGUGGCGACAUCAACCCGACUGCGAUGCAGCAGCGCUGAAAAAGCAGUGUAUGGGAUGUGGUAGAACAGAUGAAGGCAUGUUUAGAUGCCCUACUUGUCUUAGAUCAUGGUAUUGCGAUAGAGAUUGCCAGAGAAAGAACUGGGAAAGCCACAAGGAGCAAUGCCAUGAAGUUGUAAUAAAAACAAUACAGGUGGCGAAGAGUAUAAAAAUGAACCGCAUAAAUGCUCGGCUGUUCCCUGGCAUGGAACGUACUUACUACUGGGGUAAUGUGCCUGCUGUAGACCUGCUUAACUUGCCGAUGAAUGAAGGCGAGGAGUAUUCGAACCCACUGGCUUUGUUGCUAUGUGGAGUUGGUGAUCCACGGAAUGUUCUACUUACGAUUGCUUCGUUACCUGAUGUUUAUACACAGCAAGUCAGUUUCGUUUUAAACGACAUCUGUCCUUGUACCCUGGCCAGAACCGUUCUACCUCUAUACAUGUUAUACAAAGGUGAGAUAAAAGAAAAAAAUGUAAAAUGUAGCCUUUUCGACUGGAAUAUUUCCUUUAAUCACUCUUUGAAUGCCGGAAGACUAGCAAAUAACAUUGAAAGAUCUUGUUGCUUAAAACAUAAACAAAUGACAGCUUUUGUCUAUUCUUGUCCACUUAUACGUGAACCCCUAACUGUUCACUACAUGUGCACUGCAAAAGAUCAUUUCGGUGGCUCGAUGCAGUUUCUUAGGGUCAAUACCUCCCAAGUUUGAGCAUAAAUUACGUCGUCAUAAACAAAUGUUUGGAAAAAUGGCCACCACAGUUGUAUUAGAUAAAGAUGACAAUAUGUUAUGAUCAGGAUUGCAAUGACAUCGGAGUUGUCAUAGCAACAAAAUGACGCUAUUACCUAUUUUACUUGCAGCAGUAUAUCUCGGCACUGGGAACUGUUCUACCAAAAUCGUUCACGAGAGUUUUUUCCUCCAAUAGCGAUUGAUGUUCGUCAAGUUUGAGCGAAAUGUGUAAGAGCCGUAUCGAGAUAUUUUGGGAUGAAGGUUUUGGUUAGAAAAACAUGCACACUAAAAAAUGGAAAAUCUUGAUAUUUGGCCGUUAUCUGUAGAAAACGAAGCGCUUUUGACGUGCCAUAUCACCUCAUAGUGGUUUCAAUCUUUUUAAAAACGUGUGUGAAAGAUCAUGCCGAUAGCUCCAGCCGAUUGCUAGAAGGAAGGAUUUGAUUAGUAUGUAUCGAAGCACUCUUGUGAGCGGUUUUGUAAACAUUUUGGUCUUCUUUAACAGAUUAGCGAAUAAUUUUUAAACCGCUCGAUAGAUUUUUAAAAAAAUUUAAGAUUCUUGAGGUUAACCUUCCUUUUAUAUUACCUUUUAGUUUCAAGAUUAUUGAUAUCUUGUAAGUCAGUAAAAUAAGAGCUACAGUUCGUUAAUUUUUCAUCGGAAGUUUCGUCAUUACAAGUGAAAGCCUCUCGUUAUUGAAGGUAUUGUCUCCAAGUUUCAUUUUCCCGUGAACAGCAGUAAAUAACAAUGAAUUUGAAAUAUGCAAAAAUGCUAGCUAUUGUUGUGCACGAAAAAAUGAAACUUGGAGACAAUACGGUGAAUAAUCAUAAGCUCUCACUUGUAAACACAAAAUUACUGACAAAAUAUUAGCGAAUUUACAGAUUUCGCUUAAACUUGACGAACAUCAAGGCCGCUAUUGGAGGAAAAAGCUCUCGUGAACGAUUUUGAAAGAACAGUUCCCAGUGCCGAGAUAUACUGCUGCAAGUAAAAUAGGUAAUAGCGUCAUUUCGUUGCUAUGACAACUCCGAUGUCAUUGCAACCCUGAUUAUAACAAAUGUCAUUUUUAUCUAGUACAACUGUGGUGGCCAUUUUUCCAAAUAUUUGUUUAUGACGACGUAGUUUAUGCUCAAACUCGGGAGGUAUUGACCCCAAAACACUGUAUCGAGCCACCUUAAUAGACUUUUUUAUCACGUAAUGGUACCCAUGAGAACUGUUUCUACCUAAUGAAGCCCUAUGUAGGUGCAUCCACGCCAAUAUGUAUGCAUAAAUUAUGGAGAGACAAAAGGCAAAUUCCCUGGAAAACAUCACCUGCUGUGAGUUGAGAAAACAAAACAUACAUGCUAUGAUGGUCUAUUGUUAAGAAAGUUUUUGCACAUUUGAAAACGUUUGAUUUCACAGAACGUAUAUAGGAUGAUAUAGAUCAAAACCUGAAGCUUUGACAUGAUUUUUCUCCCGCAAUGAAUAAGCAUGCCGUGUUCAAAACAGAGGCUAUCUGGAUCAGUUAUCAAGUACUCCUAUGCCUACGUUUUAUCAAAACCGUUUUAAAGAUGGCUUCUUUUAAUGAACCGCAAGCGUUGAUUAGCUUUACGAUAAGACGGUCAUAACAAUGGGAUCGCUUUCUCUUCAUUACGCAGCCUUUAAAAAGCAAAGGAAAAACAAGUAAUAUGGGCUUAACAGAGUCCAUCUCAGCAAAAGAACACUAAUUCCUAUUGUUUCUACUUGCUUGGUUGUAUUAUAAAAUUUGAUACUUUUCAUCUCGCAGGACAAAAUGACGGAAUUGGUACUGUAAUCCGCAUAUGGUAUUCGCUACGAAUUUCAGAAAGCGAUUUUUCACUGCUGAUGUCCGCACUGCGCGACCUCUUGGACGCUAGUGAUUUAAACACUCUAACGAAUGGCUUCGUGAACAUGGUGUCAGUUGAUCAACUGGGUAAGCUGAAGGAGGUGUGGCAAGUUUGGGUCCAGUUGUCUUCUCUCACAGGACCCUGGGUAACUGAACAAAGGAAUGACGCCUUCCAUAGCGAUACUGGAUCAGAGGCUGGGAUUUUUAACUAUUUAAACUCGAUCCCAAAAGACGACAAAAGAUCUGCUAAGUUGUGGAUGAAAGACGGGCUUUUCGCCUCAAAAUGCGUGAAAUCAUCGCAGUUAACGCGAGAGAACGUAACUCUAACAAGUUAUCUAUUUCAGUAUGAGCCUGAAGAACGAGACGAGUACGACUUCAACAUUGACCCGAGUAAUCUUCCCUUUUCAAGCUGGGAUUACAAAGCCAUGAAGAGUGUCUGCUACAAUGAUUCGCUUCCAGAGAUGUUCAGCACCUACCUAUCAUAUAUCAUGAAUGAGUGCAUUGACAAACUGAGAAGUGGUCGGGUGAAGUUGGAGGUGAUACUAUGUGACUGCAUGAUGAUUGAUCCAUUCCUACCUGUCGACCUUACAUAUGACCGCAUCGCGACAUCAAAUCUAAGCGACUAUAUUUCCCUUCCAGCCUUACUGACAAAAUUCAAGGGGUACUUGAAUGUCAGCAACAGUCAUUCAGUCUUAAUGACUGAAAUGCAUAAUUGGGUGGAUGACUAUUUGCCCGAAGUGAAAGCUGAUAUAUUUUUGAGGGCCCCUGAACUCACACCGAAAGUUGUGAAGGACACAAACAAUCCAUUGCUUGUGGCGACUGGGCACUUGACGAGCUUAAUUGAAUACCACAAUAUUAUUCCAGACUUCCAGCACAGCUCAGCACUACCUCCUUGCCGCGCUUAUCGAGUCAUACAGUGA